GGGCGAAGGCGCAGCAGUAAAAGAAUUCACGGAAGUGCGGAUUCUAGGAGGUCGCGGUGGGAUCAGGAGAAAAUCGAGACCGUGUGUGGAUCUCUGCGUGGAAUAGGAUGAGGGAAACGAGUUCCUCAAGUCCAAGGCCUCGUUUGCCAAGCGCCUUUGGCUUUCCACAUCUUCUCUCGACCCCGUAGAAAUGAAAGCGUUGUUGGAGAUCGAGGAUUAAGCACACCUAAAGUGCUCACAGGUCGUGGCUCCUGGAGCAAGAUACAUCACGUGACGUGAGAAGGUUUCACGACCUGGAUAUCAUUAUUUGUGGGAACAUCACUGCCUGGAGACUAAGAUUUCUAACCAGAAAUUUAGGCCAGUUCAAGAAGAGGCUCAGGAGACAUCCUAGUCUUUGGCCGUUUCCCAAUAACAGAUGAAAAUGAUCAAGGACCAGGGAUCGCUGACACUGGAGGAUGUGGCCGUGGACUUCACGUGGGAGGAGUGGCAGCUCCUGGCCCCAACUCAGAAGGACCUGUACCGGGACGUGAUGCUGGAGAACUAUAGCAACCUGCUGUCCGUGGGGUAUCAAGCCAGCAAGCCGGAUGCUCUCUCCAGAUUGGAACGAGGAGAACCGUGGCCAGUAGAAGAUGAAAUCCACAGUCGAAUCUGUCCAGAAAUGAGGAAAGAUGACUGUCUUCUGCAGGAGGACUUGCAAAAUCAAAGAUGUCCAAAAAGAAUGGAACGAUGUCACGAACAUAAUGCACUUGGAAACAUUGUUCAUCAGAGCAAAAGUAACUUUCCUUUAAGGCAAAAUCAUAUGUUGGACUUUCAUGGGAAAACACUGAAAUCAAAUUUAAGUUUAGUCAACCAGAACAGGAGCUAUGAAGUAAAGAACCCUCUUGGAGAUGGGGAAUCCUUCCUCCAUGCAAAGCAUGAGCAAUUUCAUAGUGAAAUGAAAUUUACUGAAUGUGGAAGUUCUAUGAACACAAAUUCACAGUUCAUUAAGCAUCUAGGAACUCAAAAGAUAAAUAAACCCCACUUAUGCACUGAAUGUGGGAAAGCUUUCAUCAAGAAGUCCCGCCUCAUUGAUCAUCAGAGAGUGCACACAGGAGAAAAACCUCAUGGAUGCAGUAUAUGUGGGAAAGCCUACUCCAGAAAGUCCAGGCUCACUGAACACCAGAAAACCCAUAUAGGAGAGAAACGGUAUACAUGCACUGAAUGUGACAAAGCCUUCCCCAAGAAAUCACGGCUGCUUAUUCAUCAGAAAACUCAUACAGGAGAAAAACCCUACGUAUGCGAGGAAUGUGGAAAAGGCUUCAUCAAGAAGUCUCGGCUCAUUAAUCAUCAGAGAGUUCAUACAGGAGAGAAACCUCAUGGGUGCAGUCUGUGUGACAAAGCAUUCUCCAGGAAGUCCCGGCUCAUCGAACAUCAGAGAACUCAUACGGGAGAAAAACCAUAUGAAUGCACCGAAUGUGACAAAGCCUUCCGCUGGAAAUCACAGCUUAAUGCACACCAGAAAACUCAUACAGGAGAGAAGUCAUAUAUAUGCAGUGAUUGUGGAAAAGGCUUCAUUCAGAAGGGCAAUCUCAUUGUACAUCAGCGAACUCACACUGGAGAGAAACCCUAUAUGUGCAAUGAAUGUGGAAAAGGCUUCAUCCAGAAGGGCAAUCUCCUCAUACAUCAACGAACUCACACUGGAGAGAAACCCUAUGUAUGCACUGAAUGUGGGAAAGGCUUCAGCCAGAAAACAUGCCUCAUCUCACAUCAGAGAUUUCACACUGGAAAGACUCCCUUUGUAUGUACUGAAUGUGGAAAAUCGUGUUCACACAAGUCUGGCCUCAUUAACCAUCAGAGAAUUCACACAGGAGAGAAACCCUACACGUGCAGUGACUGUGGGAAAGCCUUCAGGGAUAAGUCGUGCCUUAAUAGACAUCGGAGAACUCAUACAGGAGAGAGACCCUAUGGAUGCACUGACUGUGGGAAAGCCUUCUCCCACUUGUCAUGCCUCGUGUACCACAAGGGGAUGCUGCAUGCAAGAGAGAAACGUGGAGAUUCAGUCAAGUUGGAAAAUCCUUUCUCAGAGAGUCCCAGCUCAUCACGUUCGAGUGAUAUCGUACAGGGGAAAAGCCCUGUUAAUGUGGUGAGCGUGCACACACCUUCUGUGGCAGCUCAGACUCCAUUCCACAAUGAUGGGUUCCUAGCAGAUAGGAAUGUAGUAGCCCUUGUGGGACAGCCAGGUGCCACAGGUGCAGUGUCAGCAGAUAAUAGCAUUUGCACAGAAGAAAAACCUAAUGAAUGCAGUGAGUGUGGUAGCACCUUCAGUGAUCAAUUACAUCAUAUUUUACAUCACAGAAAACACACAGAAAUAAACUGUGAUACAGUGAAGGCAGAAAACCCUUGAAUAAAACCUUCUAGGUCAUCCUGUGGCUGGCGAGUGUAUACUGAGACAAACAGUAUAAACACAGAGGCUGAGAAAGACUUUUGUGGAAAGAUAGACCCUAUCAGGGCUUCAUAGGUCACAUACUGUCAGUGAGGACAUAGUUGGUAGAAAUGUAAUGACCGUGGAAAAGUCCUUCCCCAGAAAUAAGACUUCAGUUGGUAUCAGAGAGUUUACACAGGAGAGAAACUGUUGGACCUUUGAAGGCAGUAACUGUGGCAGGGUUGUCAGUGGUACAUUCUGCCUCAUCGGUUGGCAGGGGAAAUCGUGUAGAAAUAAAACUGAACACACCAACUAUGGAAUGUCUUUGGCAAAAUAUCAAAAUGCAUGAAGCAAAUAAGCCCUGUGAAAGUGAAUCUUUUAGAGACUUCUGUCACAAUCCUAACAAUCAUAUAUAAGAUUAUACACAUAGUGUACAUUUUAGGACGGUAUACCUUGAAUCAAAUGCCUAGUUGAUACGUCAGUGACGCUUUAAAUCAAAGGAGGGUGUCUGUGUUGCACAUCAUUGAUUAAAGUUAUAAUGCAGUUCACCCCCCUCAUUUGGGGGACAUGGGUCUUCUUUUCCCACCCAGGAUCAUUAUAUGGUUAACUCUUGGGUUUCUUCAGUUUUAAAUUUAUUCAGUUUGUUAUUUCAGUCUACCAAAAGUCCUUCAGAAGGAAACUGAAUACAUUUAAUCUGAUAAUGUAACAUAGCAUGUUUGGAUAUGCUUAACUUUAUAAAUCUCACCUGGAGGAACAAAGCUCAAAAUUCAUGAAUAAUCUAUCAGCCAAGCUCUUGCCCUAGAAGAUAGUUCCCAUCCUGUACACACACCACUCAGAAAAACUUUAACAACUGUUUCCUUGACCUGGGCCUGUCCUAGGACCUACAGAUGAUGUCAGUGAUGAACUUAACACAGUCCUUGCCACCUUUGAGCUGGAAAUUUUUUUAAGCUAGGUUUCAUGCCUAUAGCAAUUUUACCCUCUGGCAAAGAUAAUCAAAGGAUGUGUACACCUACAUUAGUUGAAAAGGACAUAUAGUAUAAGGAACAAAGUAUCCUGAUAAUUUCCUGUUUAAGGGACGUAUCAGAGGGGGAAGGGGAAAGGAUUUACUUAAUUUUACAUAGAAAAAGGUAUGGAUACUUUUUAAAAAUUUUCACAUCCACCUAGAUUAUAAAUUCCUUGACAGUAUAUAGAUAAUUGUAUAUUCCCCAGCACAUAGCAAAAUAGAAAAUGAAUUAUAUGUAGAUUUGAAAAAUGAAUGAAGGUGAAUAAAUGACCUCAUGGACUAACCAAUCAAAAUUAUUUUUGUCACUGAAGGAAAGGAGCUACUGGCAAGCAAUUCUCAGGCUCAGUAUUAUUCCAAGAAACAUUUGUUUCUUGAAUAGAGGCUCCUGUCAGACUAUAAAAAGGGCAGAUCAAAGAAGGACUAGGAUCCAUAGAAUAAGCCCAAUUAAUGGAAGAAAAUAACAUCACUAAAAAUGGAGGACUGGGGAGUUCCCUGGCGGUCCCAGUGUUUAGGAAUUGGCAGUUUCAACUGUGGUGGCCCAGGUUUGAUCCCUGGUCGGGGAACUAAGAUCCCACAAGCCAUGUGGCACGGCCAAAAAAAUAAAAUUAAUUAAAAUGGAGGAUGGUACGUGAGACAGGUGAUGGUGAGAUCCCUUUGAAUGUUUUGGAGAACAAGCCUUACAUUUGUCCACAGGCUUAUCACCUUUUAGAGUUGCCGCCAUUUCAAAGAUCUAAGCUCCUCUGUAACUCAACGAAUUGAGAUGUGAUAUAGCCUCAUCAUUCCUUCUCUCCUGGGACUGGGGCCCUUGUCCUCUAUUUCUAUUCCUAGGGUUCUUUCCCUUGAUCCGAUAAUGAUGUAUCCAGCUUAAAAACAGUGAGUCCUGCUUAUAAGGAAGAAAAAAAAAAAAGUGGAAGUUUGCCAUGGAGUGGCUGCCCCAUAAUUGAAUUUCCAAACUCUGGGUGUGUGAGUAACUCACCACAACAAAUAUAUUUCUGAGCAUCGGCACUAUUGUAGACACAGGAUACGCUGGUGAACAAAACAUGCAAAGUAGUGGCCUUUCACAGGAUGGAUUCAGGACAGAUGCUCCUCAGCAAAGCAUCAGAAAUGGAUACUUCUUCAACUCGGAGUACAGCUCCCUUCCACUUCUUGUGAAUUGCACAUCCUAUCAUUGCAGUCACGGCGUCUUUCCCAGUGAAGUCGUCCAUCUGGGUUCCCGAAUGGGCUGCCCAGGCCUGUCCUGAGGACGAGGUACUGAACUCACCUUUCAGAGGUUGGCAUUCCAGGUAAAUGAAAACGUUAAUGGGAUAGGGAAUUCCUGGUCGCCCUCUUUAAGAAGGCCAUACCAGCGUCUAUCCUCUACUGCUCUACCCCUCGCAUUCAUAAAAACUAUAGCUAACAGUUAUUAAGUGUGCUGUUUGCCAAACAGUCACCGUAUCAUUUAUUUAGCACUCUUCAAUGCUCCAUCUUUGUGUAUUUUAGGCAAACAUUUGUAUACAUUUGAAGGCUAAUUCCUUUCUCCUUAGUACAGGCAACCACCUAUUGUAUGCAGUUGUACGUGUCCGUCAAAUGAGAGUUCCAACAUCAGGGUUUGGAGUCUUAGUGGGUUGCUCUACCUUGUGUGUCCCAAUGAUGGAGAACUGGGGUCGGGGGUGGUUGUGUUAGUUGGCUGGGGCUGUCAUAACAAAGUACCGCAGACAUUUUUUUCUC